AACAAAGAAGAGCAUGCAAGUUUUUUGCUGAUUCGAUGAAAUGGUCGCUGAUGUUCAUUUAACCUUAAUGUGCGACGAUGAUAUAUUGGGUGGACCUGGCGACAUGGUUCAAAUCGACGAAUCGAAGAAGGGCUUCUAAGAUUGGCAAUAGCGCAUACUUCAGCUACUGGUACGAAUACCUUCCACGCAGUUGUACAACCAAAUUGGUCAUCAUGCAGAGUCAAAAGAAGGCUAUAGUUACUGCUGGAGGUUUGAUUGAUAUCAAUUUAGCUACAAGUUUAACUACUGUGAAGACUAUGGUUUCAUACUGCAUGUUCUUGAGGACAAUGGGUGCUGAGUGAAGACAAUUAUUGUUAUAUCUAAAAAGUUGAAGACAUUUAAGCUUCGUGAUUUUUCAUUUAGGAAAACACUAGACUAGAGCGGUGCAUAAAACGGAAUGAGGCGUCUGCAUUUUUUUAUCAAGAACAAAUUAUGAAGGUUGAUGUAUCACCUAAAACGUAUCCUGUGGUUUUCAUGCUGAUAAUCCGAUGUUUGUCUGGCCGCUAAAUGUAACAUCAGGUACAAAUGAUAUAUAUUGUCAUCAGUACUUGAAAAGGUCACCGCCGUGUCAGUAAACUAAUUCAAACGUACAGGCUUAAGAAAAGUUAAUGACAAAAAUUGUAGCCAACAUAAGAAGAAUAUUUUUUUUACAGGAUGAUUCAUAAAUAACGUGGUGACCCACACAUACAUAUUUUUGAAAGGAAAGACCUACAUUUCAUUACAGAUAUAAGCAUAGGCUUCUCCAAACGAAGCAAUCUGAUAUACCUACUAUGGGGUUUUAUUUUCAAAUUGUUGAAAUAUUGGUCAAUCUCUCAAAAAAAAAAACAUUCAAAUUUGACAACUCUCACCUCCGCAAGUAUUAUAACUAGAGAAUUUUUCGUUGUGGUAAAUAAUGCAAAAUCAACAAUUUCUCAAAACUUUCAUACUUCCUAAGUGACAUUUUCAUAAGCUUUUUCUGAUAUACGCUUCUGGUACAACUGUGUUUUGAAUUACUAAGAACCCAGGCACACCUCUUCAAAUUUCCGACAUGGCAUAAUACAAGUUUUAACCAUCGACUGCUACUAACUGAAUGCUACUUUAUUUUGAAAGGUGUUGUAAUAUUUUUCAUUUACCUUGAUAUCUGAUUUAAAAAGGGUUAACUGUAAUUCAAAAACUAUUCUUACAAACCCCGAUAAGCCUUAUAUCGAAAAAAAGCUUGUGGAAAGAAGAAUCGAAAGGUGCGAAAAUAAAAAUUUUGAGAAAUCGUUCGUUCUGCGUCUUGACCACCCUGUGUAGUCUAUCAAAAAAUCUGGAACAGUAAGUAUACAAGAAGGAAAUUUGCAAGAUUGCAAAUUAUCUCUAAAUUAUUCAGAAAUAAGACCCUAUAUCGUCUGGAAGUGCCUAACCAAAUUUGCAAAAUGUAUGUUUGGGUAAGCACGUACUUAUGUAUUAGCCAAGUAAGGAACAUACUGUAGGCUACAAUUUUGUAAUUAACUUUUUAGAUACCAAGCUGUGUAAUGAUGUUAUCGACCAAGCACGCAUUAAAAACUCACCCUGUAUGUGGUUUCAUUUAGCGGCCAGACAGACAUGGAGGGUUUAGAGGUUUUAUCCGAUUUGAAAUCACAGAUUUCAUUUAGUCCCUUUAUAAAUAUGUCUUUAAUAUAGUUUAGUAAACUUAAUUGAAUUUUCG